AUGCGAGGGAACCGCUUCCUCGGCAGCCUCGCCGGCCUCGUUGCUGUGGCUUCAGCUGCAUGCCCCCUGCUUACGGGAGAGAACCUGGGAAGUGGCACGGCGAAUCCCCAUCAAGUCGAAAGGCGGCAGUCAACGAAUGCUUCCUCCGAAACAGAAACGUUCUUGUCCCAAUUCUACCUCAAUGAUAACAGCACGUACCUCACCUCCGAUGUGGGCGGACCGAUAGAGGACCAAAACAGCCUGAAGGCCGGCUCGCGCGGACCAACGCUUCUAGAGGACUUUAUAUUUCGCCAAAAAAUCCAGCACUUUGAUCAUGAGCGAGUACCGGAACGAGCUGUGCAUGCCCGAGGUGUAGGUGCUCACGGUGUAUUCACGUCUUAUGCUGAUUGGUCCAAUAUCACUGCUGCCGCAUUUCUCGGAGCUGCUGGAAAGGAAACCCCGGUGUUUGCUCGCUUUUCUACUGUGGCAGGCAGUCGAGGUAGCGUUGACACCGCUCGUGAUGUUCACGGGUUCGCCGUCCGGCUUUAUACCGAUGAAGGCAACUACGAUAUUGUCGGGAAUAAUAUACCGGUCUUUUUUAUCCAGGAUGCCAUUCAGUUCCCAGACCUUAUCCAUGCCGUCAAACCCCAACCUGCCAACGAAAUUCCUCAGGCUGCAACUGCUCAUGACACUGCGUAUGACUAUUUUAGUCAACAGCCGAGUACAUUGCACACACUAUUCUGGGCCAUGGCCGGCCACGGUAUCCCACGGUCUUUUCGUCAUGUUGAUGGGUUUGGAGUUCACACUUAUCGCUUUGUGACCAACGAUGGCUCCUCGAAACUGGUCAAAUUCCACUGGACCUCGCUGCAGGGCCGCGCAAGUUUGGUCUGGGAAGAAGCCCAAGCCACUGCUGGCAAGAACUCCGAUUUCAUGCGACAAGACUUGUAUGAUAAUAUCGAAGCUGGGAGAUUUCCAGAAUGGGAACUUGGUGUACAAAUAAUCGAUGAGUCUGAUGCUCUCAGUUACGGAUUUGACUUGCUUGACCCCACCAAGAUACUACCAGUUGAGGAUGUCCCUAUCACUCCACUCGGCAAGAUGCAGUUGAACCGGAAUCCGCUCAACUACUUUGCAGAGACCGAGCAAGUAAUGUUCCAACCUGGCCAUAUUGUUCGCGGCAUCGACUUCACUGAAGAUCCCCUCCUUCAAGGUCGCAUAUUCUCAUAUCUUGAUACUCAGCUGAAUCGUAACAACGGUCCCAACUUUGAACAGAUACCCAUAAAUCGCCCUCGUGUUCCUUUCCACAAUAACAAUCGCGAUGGAUCAAGCCAGAUGUUCAUUCCUCUCAACGAGGCCGCGUACUCUCCUAACACCGUGAACGAUGGGUUUCCAAAGCAGGCCAACGAAACUGUUGGAAAAGGGUUCUUCACGAGUCCUGGACGAACUGUUAACGGCCAUCUUCUGCGCGCCACCAGCCCGACAUUUGCUGACGUGUGGUCCCAGCCCGGCUUGUUUUACAACUCUUUGAUACCUGCUGAACAGCAAUUCUUGAUCAACGCUUUGCGCUUCGAGCUAUCUCAUAUCGACAAUGAUGUCAUCAAGAACAACUUCAUCACUCAACUUAACCGCGUCAACAACGACAUUGCCACGCGCGUCGCCGUUGCCAUUGGUGUCAGUCCUCCCCAGCCCGACCCUACAUAUUACCACAACAACAAGACAACCAAUGUCGGAACCUUUGGCACUCCUUUGAAGCGGAUUGACGGGCUUGUAGUUGGCAUUCUUGCUUCAGUAAAUAACCAGAGCAGUAUUGACGACGCGCAAACUCUGUUGCAAAACUUAGAGAGCUUUAACGUCGAUGUCAUCGUUGUAGCUGAACGCCUUGCCCCCGGAGUAUCAGCGACUUACUCACAGUCCGACGCCACCAACUUCGAUUCUGUCGUGGUGGCCUCUGGAUCCGAGGCUCUCUUUGGGUCUCAAACAUUCACCGCUAAAUCUAACAUAACUCUGUACCCUGCCGGACGUCCCACGCAGAUCUUGGUCGACGCUUUUCGUUUUGGGAAACCCGUCGGAGCUUUGGGAAGCGCCAUUGCAGCCUUGUCUGCUGCAGAUAUUAGCACCGAGGAUACUGGGGUUCUCACCGGAGCCUCUGUUGACGAUGACUUCGUCGACCAGCUGACACAGGAUCUUGCCACGUUCAAGUUUGUGGACCGCUUUGCGCUGGAUCAGGAUUAG